AUUUAUGACAAUGUUGCGCACGUCAUGCGGGCGAUCUUGCGCUCUUUUCCCUUGUUCUCGUCUCAGUCGCUUAAUGCAGGCCGCUGGUACCGCAUCAAAUCGAUCGGGUGGUGCUUUCCAGUGCGAUCCAGUAAAAAUCUGAUUGACCCACUCCGUUGCACCACCUUGACUGCUCCAAGAACGCAGCAGAUCCGAUCAAAUCAGCCAUGGACUCCAGCCACAUAGCCGUGCGAAUGGGUAAGCCAGACCCCGACUAGAUAACGAGGUGCGUCGAUUAGAUAAAGCCUAAGGCCCGGACAGGCAUCUCUUUGGAUAUCCCAGACGGAGAUUCAGUGGCAAGACGCCAAGAUGUUCGUCAGCGUUCACAGUCUGCGCGCCAUCAACAAGUACUAUGAGAACCAAGACCAGACCAGCCUGGAGAAACUGUGCCGCUUGGCUAAUCAUCUGCACUCUUUUAUCUUGGCUAAGCUCCAUCAUAUGUUGUUUGCUCUAUAUUUCGCUACGACAGCCACGCGCCGCAGCCCCUCGCCGGACGCCGACUCCGUCUCCAAGACCUCGUAUGGCAGCUUCAGCUCCGUCGAGGAUAUCAACGGUCAGGUCCACGAGGAGUGCAAUGUAAGCGAAACCACUCCGCUGCUAAGAACCACCAUGUCGACCUCCACCUCCAGCAGCUCGAGUCUGACAAAAGACUGCCUCAAUUGGCGGUCCGUGGGACUGCUGCUCAUGUGUGCCUCCUCCCUGGUACUGGCCGUGUAUUUGCUCUGGCGACAAACGCAAGAGCCGGACUUUGGCUAUCGGCUCAGUCUCAUCGAGCAUGAUAUAUGGUCGGAUAUGGAUCUGCAAGGUCGAGGCACUCAGCUGGAUCCCCAGAGAGUUGCUACUGUAUUCUUUACCCAUACGGCCAGCGAAGGAUGUCUAGAGGAUUGUUCAGAGCUGCUGCUCAGGUUGCAGCGAUCCCGCGUGGAGGAGCUGCCGUACAACUUCUUGAUCGCUGGUGACUGUCAGACGUUCGAGGCCCGCGGAUGGGGAUACGAGAGCAGUUACCCAGGAGAUCUGCAACAGAAUAAUUCCCUGGUGAUGGCAUUUGUGGGCAACUUCAGUCAAAGGCCACCUAGCAACUGCCAGUUAAGGUCAGCCCAGGCCCUGAUCCUGGAAUCCUUGAAGCGACACAGACUGCAGACCGACUACCAGCUCUACGUGCUCGAUACCGAUGCGGAGGCAGUUCAGCGGGAGCUGGAGCAUUGGCCACGCUACGCAGGUCGCCGUAGGACCAAGUGAGAUUAAGAGACUGGACGACAUGGAUAUGGUUUCCAAACU